AUGGUAGCUUCCUCCAAACGGGUGGUGGAUGGAGAGGAGCAGCGCAGCAGCUGCAGCAGGUACAGGCUGGAUACAGUCUCAGACCUUUGGGCUCAGGGCUUUGCUCCUGGAGAAGUGAACCUCACCCAGCUGCAGCAGGAGCCCUGUGUGGACGGAUGGACCUACAGCAAAGACAUCUACCAGUCCACCAUAGUCACUGAGUUUGACAUCGUAUGCAGUGACCAGUGGAAGCAGCCACUCACAACCACUGUAUACUUUUCUGGAAUUUUAUUUGGCUCGUUCGUACUGGGGCAGGUCUCUGACAGAUUUGGAAGAAAGCCUGUGUUUUUUGGAACCAUUGCAUUUCAGGCCUUGAGUAUGUUUGCCCAAGCCUUUUCAUCUUCCUGGAUUAUGUUCACAACCUUCAUUUUUUUCACUGGUGUGGGACAUAUUGGAAAUUUAGUGUCUGCUUUUGUCCUGGGAGCUGAGAUUUUGAUCGGAAGAGCUCGGGUCAUGUUCACAACGUUGGGUAUGGGUCUGUCCUUUGCUACAGGAUACAUGAUGGUGCCUCUCUUGGCUUACUUUUUACGGAACUGGAAAUAUCUUCAGAUGGCCCUGGCACUGCCCAGUCUGCUGUACCUCCCUUUCUGGUGGUUUAUUCCAGAGUCUCCUCGAUGGCUGCUCUCUCAGGGCCGAGUGGAAGAGGCAGAGGCCAUAAUGCAGAAAGCUGCUCACACAAAUAAAGUCAAGGCUCCAGUCGUUAUCUUUGAAGAUUUUAACACAGGAGAUGAAGAGGCCAAAAAUGAGAAGCACCACACUAUGUUGGACUUGUUUAGAACCAGCAACAUCAGAAGGACAACUAUCAUUCUGUGUCUCCUUUGGUUCUCUAUGUGCACUGGUUAUUAUGGUAUUUCCUUGAACACAUCCAAGCUCACCCCGGACCCCUAUCUGGGAAGCCUGUUCUCUGCAGCUGUGGAGGUUCCAGCUUCUUUUUGCAUUUGGUUUGGUCUGAAGCACCUUUCCCGAAGAAUCCUGGUGGGAGGUUCUCUGUUUAUUGGAGGAGCGUCAUUCCUCUUAAAACUGGCCAUACCUUCCUCGCUGUUGUGGUUGACUGUUACAAUGGAGAUGAUAGGUCUUCCCAACGGUACUGAGAAAUACAGCUAUGGGGAUCUGCUCCACAUCCUCCCGAGUGGGAAGUUGCCUCGCCCCAUUCAUCUUACAACUGAGUUUGAAAUCAACAUACCUACCCCCUCUGGUGAUGGGGUUGUUAGCAGCCGUGUCCUCUAUCGCAGCCGCCUUUCUUCCAGAGACUUAUAA